CGUCAUCGCUGUGCGCUGCCACGUCUCCUCAGCUCCUGGGCGAUGGAGGCUGAGGAUGAGUGGUGAUGGGGUCGGGCUCUGCCUCUGGCUUUAGCUCUGGCUCUGGCACGGACUCCCGGUCUGGGUCUGGUAACCUAGUGACCCGACACGAUUUUUCGACUCUCCGGUGGGGUCCUGCCUGCGUCCCGGCAGCUGUUUUGGAGCGCUUCAAAGAAGGGAGGGCGUUCGAGUGCGUGGGGUCGGGUCUGUGAAGCCACCGCCUCCUCCCAGCGAUCCAGUCCGUGGCCGGCCUCUUCCAUGCAGUUGAAAUAAGUUGACAACCAUUAGCCCGGGUUGCAACUGCAGGUGGCACUGGAAACUGACUGGUUCCUGGACAUGCCCAGUAGAAGGAGGGGUCCUAGUCGGCAGCAGCUAAGCCGUUCAGCUUUACCUUCUAUGCAGACUUUGGUUGGUGGCGGCUGUGGCAAUGGAACAGGCUUGAGAAACAGGAAUGGUAGUGCUAUUGGCCUUCCAGUCCCACCUAUCACAGCCUUAAUCACCCCAGGUCCUGUUCGUCAUUGCCAAAUUCCUGACUUACCAGUCGAUGGGAGCCUGUUCUUUGAAUUUCUGUUCUUUAUCUACCUGCUGAUUGUUCUGUUCAUUCAGUACAUCAACAUCUAUAAGACCGUGUGGUGGUAUCCAUACAAUCAUCCUGCGUCUUGUACUUCAUUGAAUUUUCAUCUCAUUGAUUAUCACCUGGCAGCAUUCAUCACAGUGAUGCUUGCGAGGAGGCUUGUAUGGGCCCUCAUUUCAGAGGCCACUAAGGCAGGUGCAGCGUCUAUGAUUCACUACACAGCUCUGAUACUGGCCCGCUUGGUGCUACUUACUCUGUGUGGAUGGGUGCUCUGUUGGACCCUGGUUAAUCUCUUCCGAAGCCAUUCAGUUCUCAAUCUCCUCUUCCUUGGCUACCCGUUUGGUGUUUAUGUUCCUCUCUGCUGUUUCCACCAAGAUAGUAGAGCACAUCUUCUUCUCACAGACUAUGUGGUUCAGCACCAGGCAGUAGAGGAAGGUGCUUCGAAUGUGGGCAGUUUGGCCAAAUCCAAAGAUUUCCUCUCCUUAUUGCUGGAGUCUCUAAAAGAACAGUUUAAUAAUGCCACGCCCAUCCCCACCCACAGCUGUCCCCUCUCUCCUGAUCUCAUUCGAAAUGAAGUAGAAUGUUUGAAAGCAGAUUUCAACCACAGAAUCAAGGAAGUUCUCUUCAACUCCCUCUUCAGUGCCUACUACGUUGCAUUUCUCCCACUGUGUUUUGUGAAGAGUACCCAGUAUUACGACAUGCGCUGGUCAUGUGAGCACCUCAUUAUGGUGUGGAUCAAUGCUUUUGUCAUGCUCACCACGCAACUGCUACCAUCCAAAUACUGUGAUUUGUUACAUAAAUCAGCUGCUCACCUGGGCAAGUGGCAGAAGUUGGAACAUGGGUUCUACAGCAAUGCUCCACAGCACAUUUGGUCAGAAAACACAAUAUGGCCUCAAGGGGUGUUGGUGCGGCACAGCAGAUGUUUAUAUAGAGCCAUGGGACCUUACAACGUGGCAGUGCCUUCAGAUGUAUCCCAUGCCCGCUUUUAUUUCCUGUUUCAUCGACCGUUAAGGCUAUUGAACCUGCUUAUCCUCAUUGAGGGCAGUGUUGUCUUCUACCAACUCUAUUCCUUGCUGCGGUCAGAGAAGUGGAACCACACACUCUCCAUGGCACUCAUCCUUUUCUGCAACUACUAUGUUUUAUUUAAGCUCCUCCGGGACAGAAUAGUCUUAGGCAGGGCAUACUCCUACCCCCUCAACAGUUACGAACUCAAGGCAAAUUAAGGUGCCUCUCAACAUGAGGGAGAACUCAGAUAAAAAUAUUUUCAUACGAUCUAUUUUUUUUCUUGCGAUUUUUAUAAAUAUUUAAGAUAUUUUAUAUUUUGUAUACUAUUAUGUUUUGAAAGUUGGGAAGGGUAAGGGAUAUUAAAUGUAUCCAUAAACAAGUGAUGUUAUCUUUCAUGUGUUAGUGUAUUUGAAUAUUAUACAUGAGAGGAUGCCCCUUCAGUAAAAGAUUGACUUGUUUGUCUGGCUCUGGAGUAACAUUCACUUAGGAACAUGUCUUGCAUAUCACUUGA